AUGCCGCGUUUCGAUUUUCUUCCCUGCUUCAUCGACCUCGUCCUCGACACACGCGCUGUCGCAGGCGACGACGAGAUGGCCGCUCCGCGCAGCACCGUUCGGCGCGACCUGCUUCACGACAUCGAGGCUCGCGCGCAGGCCAAGUGGGAAGAAACAAGGGCCUUCGAGGAGGACGCGCCCGCCGAGGGCACUUGGGACGGCGGCAAGUACCUCGUCACCUUUCCGUACCCAUACAUGAAUGGCCGGCUGCACCUCGGCCACGCCUUCUCGCUGACCAAGGCGGAGUUCUCGGUGGCGUUCCACCGCAUGCGCGGCGAGAAGGCGCUCUUCCCGUUCGCCUUCCACUGCACGGGCAUGCCGAUCCAGGCGGCGGCGCACAAGCUCAAGAACGAGUUCGCGCUCUACGGCUCGCCGCUGCCGAACUUCCCCACGUCGCCGCCCGAGGUGGUGGAGGGGGGCGUCGACGCGGCCGGCGGCGCCAUCACCAUCGGCUGGCGCGCUCCGACCUGCACCGGCGGCCUCGCGCUCGUCGAGUACCUCGUGUUGGUACGCGAGGGCCCGGCGGGCGGCGAGUGGCAGGAGCGCGCGAGGCUGCCCGCGUCCGCGGCGGAGGAGGGGCAGUGCGUGGCGAGGGUCGACGGGCUGGUGGUGGGGUCGCAGUACGCCUUCAAGGUGCGCACGCUCCUCGAGGGCGGCGCCGCCGGCGCCGACUCGCGCCCGCUCGCAAAGUCGCCCGACGGAAAGAAGGACCUCAAGCUGAUGGCGGCGGGCGGAAAGGCGGAGAAGGAGAGCAAGGGCGGCGGGGGCGGGAAGCCGAAGGGGAAGCCGCAGAAGGUGGUCGCAAAGACGGGCGGCCUGAUGCACCAGUGGGACAUCCUCCGCGCCAUGGGGCUAAGCCCUGCAGAGAUAGUCCCCUUUGUGGACCCUGUCUACUGGCUCGAGUACUUUCCGCCGCUGGGCAAGACGGACCUGAUCCGCUUCGGCGUGGGGGUGGACUGGCGCCGCUCCUUCAUCACCACCGACUACAACCCGUACUACGACUCCUUCGUCCGCUGGCAGUUUGCAAAGCUGCGCGCCGGCGGCUUUGUCGCGUUCGGCAAGCGUCCCUCCAUCUUCUCCGAGGCGGACGCGCAGCCGUGCAUGGACCACGACCGCGACAAGGGGGAGGGGGUCGCGCCGCAGGAGUACACGGCCAUCAAGAUGCGCCUCCUCGAGCCCCUCCCCCCCGUCCUCGCAAAGUUCGCGGGCUCGCAGGCGGGGGAGGGCGUCGUCUACCUCUGCGCGGCGCGUGCGGCGCGCAACAUGGCAUUCCAAGACCUCUUCCCGGAGUGGGGCAGGCCGAAGCAGCUCGCCACCUUCUUCGGCCGCGAGCUGCUCGGCGCCGCCGUCAAGGCCGGUCGCUCUGUCCGCACGGGGCUGGCGCCGCUCUGCCCGUACGAGCGGAUCCACUUCCUCCCCCUCCUCACGAUCUCGAUGACCAAGGGCACCGCCAUCGUCACCUCGGUGCCCUCCGACUCGCCGGACGACUACGCCGCCUUCAUGGACAUGAAGAACGCCAAGAAGCGCGAGUACUACUCUGGGCAGGCGGGCGCGGAGCUGCGCGCCGAGUGGAUCGACCCUUUCGAGGUGGUGCCGGUGCUCCAGACGCCCGAGCUGGGCGAGGUUGCCGCGAAGUUCAUGUGCGACAAGCUCGGCAUCGCGUCGCAGAAGGAGGUUGAGAAGCUCAAGGAGGCGCACGACGUUUGCUACACCGCCGGCUUUUACAAGGGCGUCAUGACGGCGGGCCCCUUUGCCGGCCUCCCGGUCCAGGAGGCAAAGCUCAAGACAAAGGCAAAGAUGGUCGCCGACGGCGAGGCGAUCACCUACCUCGAGCCGGAGGGGCUGGUCACGCCUCGCUCGACGCCGGACGUCGAGUGCGUGGUUGCGCUGGUGGACCAGUGGUACCUCAAGUACGGCGAGGAGGAGUGGGCGGCGCGCGUGGGCGAGCACCUCGGCGGCCUCGAGUGCUACAAUCCGGCCGUCCACAAGGCGUUCCGCGACGCGCUCGGCUGGCUCGGCGAUUGGGCGUGCUCUCGCUCGUUCGGGCUAGGCACGCGCAUGCCGUGGGACACGCAGUUCCUGAUCGAGUCGCUCUCGGACUCAACCAUCUACAUGGCCUACUACACCGUCGCGCACCUGCUGCAGGGCAGCUCGAUGUUUGGCACCGACCGCGCAACGGCGCCCGCCGCCCCGAGGCAGUGCACGGACCGGGUGCCUCUCAAGACUCACUCUGGAGGGUCACCUGCCAACAGGCGCCCGUCGCGCCCGAGCAGCUUUUGGGACCACGUGCUGCUCGGGAAGCCGUACGAGCCGGCGGCGGGCGAGGCGCCGGUCCCGGCCGCAUCGCUCGCGAGCAUGCGACGCGAGUUCGAGUUUUGGUACCCGGUGGACAUGCGCGUGUCUGGCAAGGACCUGAUCCCGAACCACCUCACGAUGAGCCUCUACAACCACGCGGCCGUCUGGCAGGACGACCCCGCUAAGUACCCGCGCUCGAUCUUUUGCAACGGCCACGUGCAGGUCGACGCUGAAAAGAUGUCCAAGUCCAAGGGCAACUUCAUCGGCUUGCUGCAGGCGUGCGAGAAGUGGUGCGCCGACGCGACCCGCUUUGCGUGCGCCGACGCGGGCGACGGGAUCCUCAACGCGAACUUCGACACGACCAUCGCCGACCGCUCCAUCCUCUCGCUCACCGCUGAGCUCGAGUGGGCGCGCGCCGCGCUCGCGGGCAGCGCCAAGGACGCGUCGAUGCGGCCGGCGGGCGCCGCCGCCACGUGGCUCGACGCGUGGUUCGCAAACGAGAUGAACCGGCUCGUGCUCGCCGUGACGGAGGGCUUCGCGAGCAUGCGGUUCCGCGACGCGCUCAAGCAUGCGUGGUACGGGAUGCAGGAGGCUCGCGACCGCUACCGCUCCGGCUGCGUCGAGUCGGGCCUCGACGCCGAGCUGACGCGGCGGUGGGUCGAGUGGCAGGCUCUGCUGAUGGUGCCGAUCACGCCGCACUGGUCCGAGGAGGUCUGGUCGGCCGUGCUCGGCAGGGAGGGCUGCGCCGUCCGCGCGGCGUGGCCGACCCCGACGGCGCCGAUCGACGCGGGCGUGUCCGCGGCCGGCGCGUACCUCUUCAAGGUGUCGAGCGUCAUCGCCACCGCCAUGGCCAACCACGAGAAGAAGGCGGCCAAGGCCAAGGGCAAGGGCGGCAAGCCGGCCGACGGCGGCGCGGCGGCGCCAAAGCCAAACCAGGCGCGCCUGUACGUCGCGCGCAAGUUCCCGCGCUGGAAGGAGCGAGUGCUCGAGCUGCUGCGGGGCCACUUCGACGCGGACAGCGGCGCGGUGAGCGAGGCGGUGCGGGCGGCCAUCUCGGGCUGCGACGAGAUCAAGGCGUGCAACAAGGGGAAGCAGCCCAUGCAGUUCGCCGCGAUGAUGAUGGAGGAGGCGAAGCUGGGCGGUCUCUCCGCGCUCGCGCUGUCGAUGCCCUUCGACGAGGCGGGCAUCCACGUCUACACCGAGGCGCACGACUCGGUGCCCGACGCCGAGAUGCUCGCCUCCGCCGCGCCGGGCGCGCCGUCCGUGCAGCUCUUCCACGCCGAGUGAAGGGGCGGCGGGCUGCCGGCACGAUCGGCCAAACGACCAACUCCGCGACUAAGAGAGACAGAGAGAGGUUUGAUACCGUAGAGUGCCCAAAGGCGUCGGGGCGGACAGGGGAGUAUUGUAAAUAAACAAAUAAAAAACGGACACCUCUC